AUGUCACGCUGGGGAAAAAAGAAAUCAUAUGAUAACAUCCACAAUUAUGUUGAACGCGUUGAAGACGUGUUGUUGAGUGAGAGCUCUUGGUCAACCUCAGACUCGGACUGUUCAGGAUGUCUUCACUUGAGUCAGGCCGAUAGUUUACAAACAGAUCCCAAUUAUGCCGUUGGGCUUGAACUGGCUACUCUGUCUCCUACUCAGACGCUGGAUAACAGUGAUGCUUGGAACAUCCAUGGCAAUGCAAACUACCUGCGGAGUGCUGGCAGCCACUGCUUGUUGGCAGGAGGGCUAAAGACCUCGGCAGACCCCACUGGAGGUCUUUCAUCCCGAGGGUUAAGAUGCUCACCUUCUCUCGGAGGGACUGACACUGUGACUGGGGGCGGGAUGUUGCAACAGUUGGCACUCCUGGCAGCUGGUGCCCAGCCAUGGCACCACAAUAUUUGCACUGCACAUGGGAGGCGCUUUGCUUAUGCUGCAACACUUGCUAUAUAUGUGUAUGAGAGGACUGUGGAAGAGGGCAGCAGUGACUGGCAGCUGUUUAGCAUCUUGGCAAAUCACCGCAAGACAAUCACGUGCCUUGACUGGCACCCCACAAACGAAGACCUACUUGCCAGUGCUUCAUUAGACCAGCGUGUGUGUGUAUGGAGCGUCAGCAGUCAGAGCGUGCUUUGUACCAUAAGCAUCUGCAGAGUACCAACUGUGGUAGCAUGGUGUGUUGGCCACAGAGACCUCCUCUCCUUCUCCACCCAAGUUGGACCUGUUCAGCUGUGGUCGUAUGCAGAUAACAGUGAGCCAUACCAGUACUUUGAGGAUUAUGGUUACUCUAGCCUCAUUGUUACAUACCGCUGGCACCCCACUGUUCCUGGGAGGCUUGUAGUGGGCCAUGAUGAUGGCAAAAUUACAGUCUACAGGGAAGAUGCUACUGUGUGGCAUUGGGCUUCCACAAUAUUAGACACGGCAGACAACAGCAUCAAUAAUAACUCAUGUUGCAAUUUUUUCUAUUCAGACAGUGGAAAGUCGAGAUACUCAGCUUUUCCUGAAGGAGCAGAGGACAAUGAGGACCACACCCUUGUCACUCUUGAAUGGGACACUUGUUCUCCUGACUACAUAUUGAUUGCGUAUAGAGGUGGCUCUUUGUGGCUUGUGGAUAUCAACACGAUGAUGAUCAUCACGAAGUAUGUGAUGCCCAUUUCAGCCAGUGUCAACACCCUUGCCUGGCUGCCUGAUGCGCCUGGGAUGUUUGUGACGGGAGAUUCAGAGAAAGGUAUACUCAGAGUCUGGACUGUAUCCAAACCAACACCUAUUGAGAAUAUUGUCCUGAAAGACACCGGUUUCCAUGUCCUUUGUACAACAAGAGCUCUUAAUGCUGCGUGUCCCAGCAAUGACCUGCAGAACCAGAUGAUUGAACGUUCAAGUGAGAGGAAGGGUAUCAUGAUCCCCAAUGUCUGUGUUCUGACACUAUUCAAAGAUGGGGGAGUUGGUCUGUACCACCUGAGGAGAAAGCAGUGGAUCUUUAACAGGGAACAUGGGCACACUGAAACGAUAUUUGACUGUAGCUUCAAGCCCGAGGACAGUGACCUUUUAGCAACAGGAUCCUUUGAUGGGUCAAUAAAGAUAUGGAAAAUUGACACCAUGGAAGCAGUUGAUACAUUGCCCAAUAGGGACACCAUCAUCUACAGCCUAUCAUGGGCACCUGCAGACCUUAAUUGUAUUGUAGCAGGGACUUCUGGGGGCGAUGUCUUUAUCUGGGAUGUUGGCAAACACAAGAUCCUCCAAGAUAUUAUAUCACAUAAGGACAAAAAAGUGUUUUGUGUGGCAUGGAAUCACAAGGACUCCAGGAGAAUAGCCUCGGCAGGUGAAUCUGGAUACUGUUAUGUGCACCAAGUGAGUGGUACUCUGGUGCACGACUAUCGACACCCUGGACCGGUGUACGGGUGUGACUGGCGUGAUGCAGAUAUCUUGGCUACAGGCUGUGAGGAUGGAAAAAUUAGAAUCUUUAAUGUUAGCAAGAACAGAAAGGAACCUGUUAGUGAACUGAAAGCUCACUUGAAAAAGGUAUUUCGGGUAAAGUGGAACCCAGUUUAUGAAGACAUCCUGUGCAGCGGUAGCGACGAUUCGUCAGUGAGGAUAUGGUCGUACUCAAAGGCUCAGUGUCUGACCAUCCUCGUAGGGCACUCAGAUAACGUCCGUGAUCAAGGCAAAAGCUUCUCAACGAGUCUUCACCUUUGUGGGCUAAGAGCAGAGCACCUCAGGACAGCCCUGCAGAAAACAGAUGUCGCACAUCGCUCAAGCAAGAGGCUGAAGUUGUUUGCUGAUCUGUUUUGUGGUGAUGUGCGAGUAAGGAACCUGUGGGAUCUGGUGUACGUGCUAAAAGGCCACACGGAUAUUUCCAUGCUGUCGCCAAACUAUACCUCAUCAAUCAUGCAUCACUCGCAUCUUGUUAAGUGUUCACUGGCCAUGGCAGCGGAGAGGGAGAUUGAAGCAAACAGAGGACACGGAGUUGCCAGCCGGAAGCACUCGACCACAGAGAGCCAAGAAGCACUUGCUGAGUCAUAUCUCCGCUGCGGCGCACUCCAGCAGUACUGUGAACUGAUGACGAGGUUACACCAGUGGGACCACGCCCUGGCUCUAGCUCCUGCCGUUUCUGUUGACUAUUGGCGUAAAUUGGUGGCCAGGCAUGCAGAGCAGCUUUUGAACGAUGAUAACGAGGAGUGUGUGCCGUACCUCCUGGCCUCUCGUGAUGCCGAUAAGCUCAUCAAUUUUCACAUUGGCCGAGGCCACCUUGACAAAGCUUUCUCUGAGUGCGUCGCGCUUAGCAAGACUCACAGGACAAGCCGGAAGGGACCACCACCUGAAGUGCCUCCAAGAGUGCCUGCGGGAGAAAUGAACGGGAUUGAACCUGUGGGGCAGAGAACUAUCGAGUGUGCUCACUUGGUGGCUGAGUGGCACCUGCGUCGAGGCUCACCCAUCAUAGCUGCUUGUGCCUUACUUGCUGUGGAUGAUGUUAAGGGUUCUCUUUCAAUGCUCCUACGAGGACAUGAAUUAGAACUAGUUGUCGCUGUGGGCAAACUCAUAUGCACAGACCUUUCAGCCAACAAUGACUCCUGUGCAUUUGAUAUUGACAUCCCGGCAAUUCAAGGACUAAUCGCAACAGCCAUGCGCUACCUUACUUACCGAGCUGUGAGGCUCUUGCUCUGGGAUUUGGCUGUUGAUUUGGCCAAUACACUCCCACAGGGAACCAACCGAACAAUCCUGCUGGCGGAAGUUCUAAUUGCUUUUGUGGGAGGACAUGAAGAACGAGAGAGCCUCUAUACUCGAGCUGGCUUCCCAACACCUGUAGAGUGCCCGGAAAAAGCCAUUGGAUCAAUACUGGACCAAGUCUUGUACUUACUGCUGUCAACCCAACCUUAUAAAGGACUGAACAAAGCUUUGGAAUUCUUGCAAGACCAAAUUGUGGGAGGAAACCUUGACAGAGAGAGCGUAUGGUAUGUCCUGCGGCUGGUCCAGGCCAUCCCAUUAACUCAAAAUGCAGCUCAGUGGAUGGUUCGGGCUGACCAGAAAGCAGGGCUGCUUGCAAUAUCAGCUUAUCUGGGUGCAAUUCGUGCAGCUGGACUGGAAUAUGGCUCAAUUGUGUUAUAUCUCCUGAGCCAUGCAAGUUAUCUGUUGGAGAAACACAGGCCUUCAGGUUAUGGAUUCCUGGCAGAACAUAUAGAGUCGGCACGUAUCAAAAUGGAGGAGGGAGAUACUGACUGGGGUUUGAAUGUAGACGAAAAUUUAGAAUUAUGGAGCGAUUUCAAAACCAGUCGGGUCAGCGGCUCACACCUCCCUAGGCAUUCAGAUGCCCAGACUUGUUGCAUAACCAAUACUAUAAUAAAGGGUCCGAGCUACUUCCUCGAGAAUGGUGAAUCUGUCAUGGGUCUCAAUGAUGCUCUGAUGUGGGCCAAGGUGCACCCUUUCUCCCCUCUGGGUUCUGGCUGCCGUCUCAAUCCAUUCUGAUCCUCGGGAGGAAUUUAGUUCUUAUCAAGCUUUCUCAUUUGGAGAUGGCAGAGGAGGUGUGCGAUGAGAUGAGAUCGACACGAAGGAAAGAUUCCGUCUGGGAUUAACUUUGAAGUGCCAUGCCUAUAUGUUAUUAUGAUAUUCAUUAUUGUUACCGUUUUUAGAAUUAUUAUUACUAUUAUUAUUAUUGAUAUUUUUAUCGUAAAAUUUCUUUUUACAUACUUGUUAUUAUUACUGCUACUGUUAUCGUCAAUAAGAAUGUUAUUUUCUAGAAAUUUAUUAGGAAAGAUAUUAUUGGUAAAUUACUCUAGUGUUGCCCUGAUGAAUAUUUUUCUGCAUCUCAUUAUCAUUGUUGAAUUAUAUUUUUCGUUAUAUACCCGGGAUUAGCUUUAUGUAUCAUGAAUUAGGUAUUUUGAGAGUGAUUAAGGUAAGGCUUAGUCUACAGUAGAUGGAAAGUCUACUGACCAUGUAGGAUACUGAUCCCUGUGGAUACUAAGAGUUGUUUGCCACGUGGUUUAACAAACAAUAUCUUUUACAGAGAUGUAAAAUUAUGAUGGUAUAUUUGCAUAGCAAACAAACAAUAGCAGAGCAAGAAAGAUUUGUUAAGGAAUAAAACUAAUCUACUCUAUUUAUAAAAAAAAAAAAAACUGUACAGAAGAUAAGAAUUUUAAGGUGUCUCUUAAAAAGGACUUUAGA